AUGGGGAAGUUGAGUUUCAAGAGCCUCGUGUCCGCAUUUGCUGUUGCGUUUUUAGUGUGGUGCAUAAGUUGUGAGGUUUGCAAUGCUAGAGAAGUUACUAAUUGGAGAUCCAGCGAAGCAGCGGCCGCCGCCGCCGACGAUUCCACUGCAGAGAGCUCUAUGUGGCUGUGGAGAGGACCCUGGAGGACUCCUUACUUCCCUCUCCCCCCUUUCCCCUACUACCGCCCGUGGCCUUACUUGCCGCCGCCCCGUUGGCCCUAUUUGCCCCGCCCCCACCCUCACCCUCGCCACCAUCCCCAUCACCACCACCCUCGCCAUGGUCCCCCAAAGCAAAUACCAUCGCCAACACCAACAGUGGAACCGACGCCCCCGAUACCAAAUCCGCCACCAGCACCAAUGGCAGAGCCAACCCCACCGCCACCCCAAACACCCCCAGCCAAACCCGCACCCCCGCCAACACCAGCAGCCAAACCCACACCAACGCCAGCCCCACCAAUGCCACUGGCAUCACCGACUCCACCGGCGGAGCCAACACCUCCAGUUUCACCAACACCUCCGGCAUCACCAACACCACCGGCAGUGCCAACACCACCAGCAUCACCAACACCACCAGUACCAAGCAAGUCUACUGCCUUCAAUGUGCUAGGUUUUGGCGCCAAGGGCGAUGGGAACACUGACGACACAAAGGCAUUCCAAGAUGCAUGGGCAGCUUCAUGCAACGAGGAGGCAUCAACAAUGGUGGUUCCUGCAAACUACGUGUUCCUUGUUGGGCCCAUCUCGUUCGUGGGUGAACACUGUCAGGAAGACAUUAUCCUCCAGCUAGAUGGGACGGUAGUGGCUCCGACGGAUCCCCAGGCUUGGGGUGACGAUGGUAUAGACCGUUGGCUCCACUUCGACAAACUGAGUCGCUUCACAUUGCAAGGAAGCGGAACUGUCGACGGUCGAGGCUCUGUUUGGUGGCACCGCUCACAAUCUGAGGAUCUCAAUGAUGACCUUUUCGAUGUCGAUGAUGAUGCUGACGUUGAAAUGGACUACGAGGACGAGGAUAUACAGGCGAAAGAUGAGUUGAGUUCAAUGCCCCGGAGCAAACCAACUGCAAUGAGGUUCGAUCACUGUCUUAAUGUCACGUUUAGCGGCAUUAAGAUUCAGAACAGCCCCAACUUCCACCUCACAUUCGACCACUGCACCGGCGUUCACGUGCACGAUAUGAGCAUUUCGUCCCCGGGCGACAGCCCCAACACCGAUGGGAUCCACCUUGGGAACUCCCAAGAUGUGACCAUUCAUGAUGCUACUCUCGCCUGCGGGGAUGACUGCAUUUCGAUUGCCAGCGGAUGUUCCAACAUUCACAUACACGAUGUACACUGCGGUCCGGGGCACGGGAUCAGCAUCGGAAGCUUAGGAAAAGACCAUUCUAGAGCAUGUGUGCACAACAUUACUGUUCAAAACGUGGAUCUGCACGGGACGACAAACGGCGUUAGGAUAAAGUCAUGGCAGGGCGGGACGGGCGCCGUUUACGGAGUGAAGUUCUCAAACGUUCGAGUCUCCGAGGUCCGAUGGCCGAUCAUCAUCGACCAGUACUACUGCGACCACAUGAUGUGCACGAACCAAUCGUCGGCCGUCGCGGUGCGGAGCAUCGCCUACGAGAAAAUCUCAGGGACGUACACAGAGAGACCGGUGGACUUAGCUUGCAGCGACAGCGUGCCCUGCGAGGACAUCACCCUGUCAGCAAUAGACUUAAGGCCAUCGUCGCAGAAGCCCCCCUCUCACGACAACGGCCCCUUCUGUUGGCAGACCUUCGGGCAGCUGAACACGCCGAUCUCCCCGCCGAUCGACUGCAUGAAGAUCGGGACGCGGUCUAGCAACGGGGUCGGGUCUGGUCAGGACUUAUGUUAG